AUGCACCUCCAGUGGGACUGGGUUUGCCUGGGUGUGCUGAUAAUCAGCUCAGUGAGUGCAGAGGUUGAGAACGAGGAAAGUCUGGAUGCAGAUGUUGAAGUGGAGGAUUUUGGCAAACAGUCCCAAGAAGCUGAUGCUGGCAGAGAGAAAUCUUCCAUAGAGGUUGUGUACCAGACUCCAGAGCCAACUGGGGAAGUGUAUUUCACAGAAACCUUUGAUGGAGGAUUGUCUGGGUGGGUGUUGUCGAAGACCAAGAAGGAAGACACGGAUGACGACAUUGCCAAGUAUGAUGGGCGAUGGGAAGUGGAGGAGCUGAGAGAAAACACAGUGCCUGGAGACAGAGGGUUGGUGUUGAAGUCUGUGGCGAAGCACCAUGCCAUAUCAGCAAUGCUAACAAAAGCAUUUACUUUUGAUAGCAAACCUUUGAUUGUUCAGUACGAGGUGAAUUUUCAGAAAGGCAUUGACUGUGGCGGUGCUUACAUUAAGCUUCUCUCCAGCAGUGAUGACCUGAACCUGGAAUACUUUUUUGACAAAACACCUUACACUAUUAUGUUUGGACCAGAUAAAUGUGGAGAAGAUUACAAACUGCACUUUAUCUUCAGACAUAAGAACCCUAAAACUGGAGAAUACGAGGAAAAACACGCUGAACGUCCUGAUGUAGACCUAAAAAAGUUCUAUUUGGACAAGAAGACACAUCUGUAUACUCUUGUGCUCAAACCGGACGACACGUUCGAAAUGUUGAUCGACCAAACCAUUGUCGGCAAGGGAAGUCUUCUGGAGAACAUGGUUCCUCCAGUCAACCCUCCCAAGGAGAUAGAUGAUCCCAGUGAUAAGAAACCUGACGACUGGGAUGAGAGACCAAAAAUACCUGAUCCAAAUGCUGUCAAACCUGAUGACUGGGAUGAAGAUGAACCUUCCAAAAUAGAAGAUCCUGAUGCUGUUAAGCCUGAGGGGUGGCUGGAUGAGGAGCCACAGUAUGUUCCAGACCCUAAUGCAAAGAAACCAAAGGACUGGGAUGAAGAAAUGGAUGGGGAGUGGGAAGCCCCUCAGAUUCCUAACCCCAAGUGUGAGGCUGCCCCUGGCUGUGGGCACUGGGUGCCUCCCAUGAAGAAUAACCCCAAAUAUAAAGGGAAGUGGAGAGCACCUAUGAUAGAUAACCCUAACUAUCAGGGCAUCUGGAGCCCACGGAAGAUCCCAAACCCAGACUACUUUGAGGAUCUGCACCCGUUCAGGAUGAGCCCUGUCAGUGCUGUUGGCCUGGAGCUGUGGUCCAUGACCUCCGACAUCUACUUCGAUAACUUCAUUCUGUGCUCGGAGAAGGAGGUGGCAGAUCGCUGGGCAGCUGAUGGUUGGGGGUUGAAGAAGUUGGUGGCGAGUGCUAAUGAGCCUGGGAUGUUUAGCCAGCUGGUGACUGCUGCAGAGGACCACCCCUGGCUCUGGGUUCUCUACAUCCUGACUUUAGCUCUCCCUGUUGGUCUGAGUGUGUUGUUCUGCUGGCCAGCAAAGAAAACAGAUGAAUAUAUUGACUUCAGAAAAACUGAAGCACCUAAGCAAAUUACAAAGGGAGAGCUAAAACAAGAGGGAGAGGAGCUAGAAGAUGAUGAACUAGAGGAAGAGAAAGAAAUGGAAGAUACUGCUGAAGAUGGUGAGAUGAAGAGAAGACAAAUGGAGGAGACAAAAGGAGAGUUUAUAAAGGAUGUAGAGAAGAUGGGAAGGGAGGCUUCUCUGCCAGAGGAUGAGGGCGAAGGUGGUGAAGAUAUGGAUGAAGAUGAAGAAAAUGAAGUUGCAGAUGGAAGUCAAGAAGAAGGUGAUAUGUCAAACAACUCUGAUUCAGAAGAUGAGGUAACACCUGCAGAGGCAGCUGGAGGCACUGAGGACGGGCCCCUGAGGGCCGUGCGCAAGAGGAGAGCGCGCAAGGACUGA